CAUAAAGUUGCGUCUGCGCUUUAAUAACAUUUAGAUUUUAAAACUUCAUAUAUACAAUUGAUAUUUCGAAGGUUAAUGGCUUCAAAGUGAUUAAAGUGUUUUAAAAAAAAUGUUACUUGAAACGUGGAAAUCAGCAGAUGAAAUUGUGAAAAAAGAAAUAAUAAAUUAUGGUAUUUUUUGUAAAAAAGCAACUGAAUACGCUAGUUGCGAAGUUAUUAUUGAAAAUAUAGAUGCUAUCAAUGCAUCUAUAGAAGAUUUGAGCAAAAAAUUUAAUUCAAAAAUUUUAAAUGGCAAAAAUAAAAAGAGAUUAAUUAUAGGUGAAGGAAAUUGUGAAAUAGAUCGUCAAAUUGAACGAGCACUUCAAAUGAUGAUGAUUUCGGAAAAAAGUUUAAUUACAUUAAAUAUAUUGCUUGAAGACAUUAAUUUGUAUGUUGUAUUUGAAAUAACAUUAACUGAAAUUCAACCAUAUAAACCAAUUUGGGAAUGGACACCAGAAGAAAAAUAUAAUAUAGCCUUAAAAUAUAAAGAAACUGGUGUAUAUUUAUUUAAAGAACAAAGAUGGGUGGAUGCAUUUUAUAGAUUUAGUAGAGCUUGCAAAAUUCUUAUAACAUUAGAACCAAUACGAGAUUUAGAAUUAGAUAAAGAAUUAGAAAAUAAUAUUAAUAAUUUAAGACUUGUAUUAUAUAAUAAUAUGGCUGGAUGUCAAUUAAAUCGUAAGAAUUAUGAAUAUACAAUAUCUUUAUGUAGUAAAGUUUUAUCUAAAGAAAGCAAUAAUGUUAAAGCAUUAUAUAGAAGAGGAGUUGCACAUGGAAGAUUAAAAGAUCUUGAAAAGGCUGUUCCUGAUUUAAAAAAUGCUAUUAAUUUAGAACCACAUAAUCAAACAAUAAAAGAACAAUAUUUACUAUAUAAUACAAAAUUGCAAGAGGCAAAUCAAAAAUUUGAAAAUAUGGUGAAGAGGAUGUUUAAAACUUAAAAUAAUAUUAAAUUUAU